AAUUCAUACGCCUCAAAGAUGGCGGGAGAAACAUGAUUGUAUAUUAGAGAGCAAGUUAUCACUGUGAAAGAAGCAAACUCCUGAAUAUUUAACCUCAACAUAAAAAAUGGAAAAUUCACCUGGCAGAGAACUUAGAAAUCGUGUCAGACAGUCUCCAUCUUCAUCACCAGCAGCAGCAAGUCAACGUAUCAGGUCACCACAUUCCUCCCCAUCACAACCAGGAAGUAGUUUAUUAAAUGGAGCAUUUAGGCUGAAAACUGCAACAACUAAUAGGUCAGAUGUAGAAGCUGGAGGACAGUCUAAUCCUACAGUUAUAAAUGUUGAAAAUGGCAGUUUUGGAAAACAUUCCUUAGGGACAUCUGCUCAUAACCUGCAGGAAAAUCAAAGUUCAUUUCACUCAAAUAACAUUUUUAUUGACAGUUUGACAAUGGAUUCUAUAUCAAAAACUGGGACUGUCCAGACCAGUUCUUUAGAUAUUAAUUCAAACAUGAGUCUCUUUUCAACUGUUUCAGUAGCGUCAUCUUAUGUUGGAACCUCAGUUUCAGGACUUUCUGGACGAAGAAGUAGGAAGCAAAGUAGCCCGAAGAGAGCAAGAACUGCAUCUAAUAGUCCGGUUCAAAUGAAAUCAUUUCAACCACCACUGUGGGAUGAAAAAUUAGAGUCUACACCUAAAAAUGCCAGAAAACGUCCUAGGAAAAUUUGCUAUGUUGCUAUUGAUGACUCUCCAGCUUCAUCUCUUAUAGAUCUCACAAAUGACUGUUCUAGCAGUGAGAAAUGUCCUGUAUCAACCCCACUAGGUUACAGCCCAUUAGGUUGUAGUCCAAAAUUAUCAGUCAAAAAAGGUAGAGCAGGGAACCAGAUUAAUAAGGCUAGUCCAAGCAGGGCUAUGAAAACUAGCAUAUCAGAUGGCUCACAACCUUCUCAAUGUUUAUCACCAAAAGCCAGCAAGCUGAUAGAUAAAUCUUCAAGCCCCAAGGCAGUUUGGAAACCUUUAAAUGUUGAAGUUUUCAAGGACUGUAAUAGAAUUGUAACCUGCAGUCCAAAAGCUGAAAGGUCAAGUCCAAGAAGUGGACGUAAAAUUGACAGCAUCAGAAGUCGACCUUCUCCAUUGAGAAAUAGUCCUAGAACAAUAGGUAAAAACAGUCCAAAAAUGUCCAUGUCUCAGGCAGUAAGUAAUAAUAAGAGAAAAAGAAGACAAAUGGAAAAUUUGGAGGGUCCAAAAGCCAAGAGAUCUAGAAUCAUUAGUGCAGCAAGUUUAGAAUCCAGAAUAGUUAACAGUCCCAGGCGUAACCUUGUACGAGCAGCCAAAGAAAGUCCUAAAAAUUAUAAGGAUUACUCUCCAAAAAACUUGAAAUCUGAUCAUGAAAGUUCUCCAAAGAAAUCCCCUCAGCAUCUAAAAUCAAAUGCUAAUGAAUCUGAGCGAAAAAUCUCACCAGUCUGCAGGAAAUUAAACAACGAGAGUCCAGGUAAAAAAAUGAUGAAUAAUUCACCAGCUAAAAAAUCACCAACAAGUUCUCAGGGUAAAAAAUCACCAAUAAGCUCACCAGCUAAGAAAUCACCUAAUAGUUCACCAGCUAAGAAAUCACCCUAUAAUUCACCAGCUAAAAAUUCACCCAGUAAUUCUUCAGCUAAGAAUUCACCUACUACAUGUAGUUCUCCAAGUAAAACAUUGCCUAAUAGCUUUCCAGCAAAAAAAUCGCCUAAUAGUUUUAUAGAUACUUUUGUAAAUUUUGUAGUUCAGUGUAAAACAGGGGUGAAGAAAACAAGUACAGAAGUCUCUGAAAAUGAAAAUGUAAAAACUUCACAGAUGGUAAAGAAAAUUGAAAAACAAGGCAGUGAAGCAGAAGGUAAUUCAAGUCCACAGAAAACUCAGGUUGGAAAGUCUGAAAGUGAGAUUUUAAAGAAAAGUACCAAUUCUGUCUCAAAAGGACCAACAGCUCCUAAUGUGGAUCUCCAAAAGUCAACUGAAAUUUGUUCAGCAAAAAAUAACAGUCCAUUUAAAUUGCAAGCAGAAAGUCCAGUCAAGGUCAAAGUAGAACCAGCAACACCAUCUUCUGAAACAAAUGAUCCGUCCACUUCUAAAUUUAACUUUGAUGAACAAUUAUUGCAACCAAAUAGUGCAAAGUUACAAGAGGAAAAAGCAAAUAGGCGUAUUGUUAGACCAAGGAAAACUGUAGGAAGGCAGAGGAAAAGUUCGGGAGGAAAUAGAGGCAGACCUUCCACUGGAAAGAGGAAGAAAGUGAUGUUAAGUCCAUGUAAAUUUCAAAUUAACCAGGAAGUGCUUGCUAGAUGGUAUGAUGGUCUGUUCUACUUAGGAACUGUCUGUAAGGUAGAUGAGCGUGGAAGAAAAUGUUACGUAAGAUUUGAGGAUGAUUCUGAGUAUUGGAUAUUGUUUAAAGAUCUACAGAAAGGUGCAAAUGAAGGUGAUGUUAGCUGUUGUCUAUGUCAAACAGAUGUGUCGGAUAAACCUAACGAAAUAGUUCUCUGUGACAACUGUGGACUAGGCUAUCAUCAGGAAUGUCACAACCCUAAUAUUUCCACAGAAGUAUUGCAGCCCGAUGUGGAAUGGUGUUGUCGCCUCUGUGUAUUUGCUGCAGCUGUUAAGAAAGGUGGUGCCUUGAAGAAUGGACCAGAUGCAAAAGCAUUACAAAAAAUGAAGCAAACAUUCCCAUAUGAUAUAAACAAGUUAACUUGGGAUGCUCAGCACAAGACGAAUGUUGAACAGUGUUACUGUUAUUGUGGAGGCCCAGGAAGCUGGUUCUUGAAGAUGUUACAAUGCUGUAGGUGUAGACAAUGGUUUCAUGAAGCCUGUAUACAAUGUUUAGAAUAUCCUCUGAUGAAUGGUGACAGAUUUUAUUUAUUUGUUUGUUCCCACUGUAACAUGGGACCAGAAUACAUCAAAAGACUAGAUUUAAAAUGGGUGGAUGUAGUACAUUUAACUCUGUACAACCUGACAAUAGAAGGCCGAUGGAACAAAUUCUUUGAUGUUGAUACCAUUGUAGAUUUCAUCACCAGUAAUUUAGAAAAUCUACAAGUAAAUUCUUUGUCAGCUGACAAAGACAGUAUACGAGAAAAAGUUGUUAACUCAUUGAAUGGAUAUAAAUCUAGAUUCACAAAUCAGAAGGAGAACAGAAAGAAGCCUAUGGGUAAACCCUGCUUUGGUCUACGAGUGAGGAUACCACCACCUGCACCUAUGGUCAUGUUGCCCCACACAGGUCAGGUCAAUCACGAAGUAAUGAUGUCCUACAAAGAAAAAGGCAAAAACUUUAAAUGUUUUAUGCCGUCACAGUGUACAUCACCAGUAUGCUUGCCAUGGCAGAGCAAACAGAAAGGAUUAGAAAUAGAUGUUUCCAUAGCAUUCAAGUCUGACAAAGUACGCAGGAAUCUUCUUCAGAAUGCAUCUGGAAAUCAAGAGUAUAAAGGUUAUGACAGUGAAAACUCUGUUCCUACAGACAUGGUAGUCAAUCAGCAUUCUUUAGAGGCACUUAUACCUCCGCCCAAAAACUUUGAAGGUUUUAAUCAUCCAUUUAAACAUUUCUUUGAACAAGAAGAAGAGCUUGCACAUCAUAAACGAAAAAAUGAAAUUAUUAAUUAUUUGUUUAUGGAAUAUGAGAGUGAUAUUGUGUCUCAGAGUUCAGUUGAGUCAGCUGUUUCAUCUGUUAAAGAUGAUCCAACCAAGGCUAUACCUACUCCGCCACCAUCGAUCACCUCAGGGAAUUCUAAAGUAGAGAUAAAGAAUAUUAUAAAGUCUCGUGGACGUAAACGUAAAGCUGCAGACACACCCACAGAGCCAAUGCGGCAGAGUAAGCGGAAACGAGUUACUACAUCAUACUUUAAUGUUCUAGAUGUACAAACAAUAGAAAGUGUAAAAUCUAAGCCUGUAAAUAUGGCUCAGAUUAGAAAUAAUAUGUGUCAGUACUUUGGGGCAGCUGAUCGUCUCAGAAAAGGGGAGAAAUACAAUGUGUUUGGUAAACAUGUCACUAAUGAUGGGAAAACAAAGUAUUUAAUUCAGUGGGAGGGUUUACAGACCAAAUGAUGAAACUUAUGCUAAAAUGUACAUUGAAUGGAUAUAUAUUUGUCAUUACUUUUUGGCAAAUAAUAGUUGCAUGAAAUUUGCAGAUUUGGUAGGGGAAAAAAGGAUUUAAGUAGCUUGAAGUAACAUGGUUUAAACUUAAGGGUGACUGUUUCAAAAUAUAUAUAAAAUAUCAUUAUUUAGAUUUGUGAACUGCACAAACUGAUUAAAGCAGAUUAUAAAUUCUUAAAUGAAUUGCAAAUACUUUAAGGAUAUAUAUAUCUCGACUGCACUUUUUGUAAUGCUAUUUUGAAUUUUUUUAAUACGAACACAACUUAUUUGUUAUAGAUAGGAUGAGAAGAAAGACAAAAUAAAUAAAUUAUUUUUGAAUUCUUCAAAAUAAUUUUCAAUGAUUUCAAAGUACAUGUGUAAUUUUUAUUAAAAAUAUUGUGUAUUAAGAAAUGCCUUUUGAAAACUGCAUCAGUGAAGCCAUUUAUAAUUUAAUAUUGUCUAUUUCACAUUAUGUUUUGUUUAAUUAUUAUUCAGAAGGUCACUUUUAUUACAUGUUUUUGAUAAUACUUAGUUAACAUUGUCAACAUCCAAGACGUAACACCGUUUUGCCAUUAUUAGCCGUUAUUUUCCAUUAUAUUUAUAUAUUUUCAUGAUCAUUCAUAUUUAAAAACUUUUACAAGUAUCAUUCUUCAAAAAGGAUGAUUUACUGCCAUUUGAAAGUUUGAAAGGAAAACCUGUAUUGUAAUUCCCAUUUCACACGAAAUUUAUAGUGAAAUUGAAAACUUUAUGAAAAAUGAAAUUACCAUGAUCAAUUCCUGAGGAAUUAUCAGUUUUAAGGCAUUAAAAUUAUUGCAGUUUUAAACUGUUUUAUUCCACAAAUUUUUCUUUAACAAAAACAGGUACGAAUUAUCUUCCAAUUAAUAAUGAUUCUGACAUUAGAUCCCAAACAAAUAACCAAAUUAGUGUGGAAAAUAUCCAGACCUUUGUAUGAAAACCCUUUGAGCCAACUAUUUAAAAAUAUGAAAUAUGUCAGACUAAAUGUUUUAAAAAAUAGGAAACAUAAUUGUCUCCCUUAUUCAUGCAAAUUUGUUCUUUAUUUUAAAUGUCAGCAACUUGGAAAAGGCAGCCAAUUUUUUUUACACAUUCUCUACUGUCUUGAUACUAUAUCAUAUUAUGUGGGUCAAUCCAGGGAACAGGAUGAUUUUAUAUCCUGAAUAAAAUUUGAGAGUGUUAAUGUAAUAUAAAAUAUGUAAAUUAUUGUUCAUAUGUACAGUUUGUUUGUUUUACUGAAAAAUCCUCCCUGAUCAAAAAUAUGCCAGAUACUUACUUGUGUACAUUCAUAGAUUUGAAUAUGUAAUUGAUUUAUUUUAAUACUUGACUUAAUAUUUAUGCAAAUAUGUUUAGCAUUUAAAAACUUAAAAACCAUGGAGGUAAAAAAAAAAUAUACCGAAAUUGAAACAUUUGUGUCACUUUUACAGAUAUCUGAAAUUUUACAAUUUGUUGGAAUACAUAACAUUUGAAGUAAAAGCUAUUUCCAAAAAGUAGAGGGAAAACGAAACACCAAGUCUCUAUAAUGUUUUCCACUGUUAUAUUUAGGUAAAGCUUAGUAUGAACAAUACUACCAAAGGCACUACAAUAAGUUUUUUAAUGUAUUUUUUCUUGCGAGAGCACAAAAAAUAAAACCAAUUUCACAUACUUGUCUCAUUAUGAAAGAAAAUUGCACUUAACGAGAAUGAUGUAAAUCCAAAAUUUGAAAUGUAUCACUAUGAAUGCUAUGUUUUAGUUGAUAUAACCUUAUAGAGGGUUGGGAUUACAACCGAGUAAGCACUGUGGUGAUAAAUUUUUGAUGAUUCUUGAUUUUUGUACAUGAUAUAAGUUUCACCUGGCAUGUUUUCGAUCUGGCUAUCAGUCUCUGGGAACCCAAAUGUGUUCACUGUGUAUAAAUGUAAAUUAUUUUUGUACAGCACUGUUUGAAAAAUUAUAUAACAUCUAUAUCAUGAACAAAUGUGAUGAAUGGUUGCUAUGGUAAUACAUUUAUUUUUGUGUAUAUUUUAGUUUUAGUGCUACCAAACUUUCUGUCGCAAAUCUAAAUAGAAAUUAAGAUUUUUAUAAUCAGUUUGAAAUAGGAAGUUGUUAUUUGAGUAAGGAUAUUAAAUUUGGUGAUUUUAAAAUUAUUUGAUGUGGAAAUGACAGCUAGUUUGUGUUUAAUGUUUAUUUCUUUAAAUAGUAUAUAUGUAUUGUUGCCUUAAAUCAUUUUUUUAGAGUCUAAAUGUACUGAAUAUUUUUGGGGCUGAUCGUUUUAAAUAGAAAGAUAAUUGUUUGUUUAUACGUUAUAGUGGAAUAACUGUUGUUGAUAGUCUAAAAGUUUAAAAGCUUUUGUGAUAAGGUGAUAAUGUACAAGUUAUUAUUAGAUUUUCACAGCAAUUUUUGUGAGCUAUGUUUGGCAUGUAGAAUGUUAAAGGAGAACAAAACAUUGAGAAAAUGACGUGUAUAAAAGACAAAUGUAGAAGGCAAAUCUAGAAGAAACAUUACUGAACAGUAAUGAGUAUAUAGUCUUGGUAAUCUCUUUUUUAUAUUUAUAUUUUUGGCUAUUUAAGUCUUGAUCAUUCAGGUGAAAUAAAUUAAGUAAUGGUCAUGUUAAAGUUUAGAAUUUUAUGCAUUAUAUCCUUGCAGAAGUAGAUUGUUGAUUAAUUUCUGUUCAAACAUAGUCUUAAUACCGGUUUAUAAAAAAAAAAUAUUGUUUGAUUUUUAAAAGGAAGUAAAAAAAAUACAGGUUUUGAAAGUGUGAUUCAAAAUAUAGAAAUAGCUAUAUUUGAUAUGUGUGAAUUUAAGAGAAGUUAUAGUCUUGUUACAUUUCAGAACUUUAUACAUUAUUGCAGAAUAACAUCCUUCUGAAGUUAAUUGUUGAGUUAUUUCUGUUCAAAUGAAGUUCAUGAGAUUUCAGAAUUUAUAGAACUGAAAAUGGAAGUAAAAAUAAGCAAUUAGAAAUUUAGGAAAUAGAACUCACCAGUUGGAAAAUGCAUUAACUAACGCCUGUACUGGCUUUGGUUUAAGAAUACUAUUUGUCUGUGAGCCUGUAAAAGUUGGGGUUUAAGAAUACUAUUUGUCUGUGGGCCUGUACAAGUUUGGGUUUAAGAAUACUAUUUGUCUGUUGGCCUGUACAAGUUUUGGUUUAAGAAUACUAUUUGUCUGCGGGCCUGUACAAGUUUGGGUUUAAGAAUACUAUUUGUCUGCGGGCCUGUACAAGUUUGGGUUUAAGAAUACUAUUUGUCUGUGGGCAAGUACAAGUUUUGGUUUAAGAAUACUAUUUGUCUGUGGGCAAGUACAAGUUUUGGUUUAAGAAUACUAUUUGUCUGCGGGCAUGUACUUGUUUGGGUAAAGAAUACUUUUUGUCUGUUGGCCUGUACAAGUUUGGGUUUAAGAAUACUUUUUGUCUGUUGGCCUGUACAAGUUUGAGUUUAAGAAUACUAUUUGUCUGUGCGGGCCAGUACAAGUUUGGGUUUAAGAAUACUAUUUGUCUGUUGGCCUGUACAAGUUUGGGUUUAAGAAUACUUUUUGUCUGUGGGCAUGUACAAGUUUGGAUUUAAGAAUACUAUUUGUCUGUUGGCCUGUACAAGUUUGGGUUUAAGAAUACUUUUUGUCUGUGGGCAUGUACAAGUUUGGAUUUAAGAAUACUAUUUGUCUGUGGGCCUGUACAAGUUUGGAUUUAAGAAUACUUUUUGUCUGUGGGCCUGUACAAGUUUGGGUUUAAGAAUACUAUUUGUCUGUGGGCAUGUACAUGUUUAAGCUUAAGAACACUAUUUGUCUCUGGGUAUAUUUUCCUGAUUUAAUGUUUUGUACAGUUGAAAAGAGUUUAUCUAAUUUUUUGCUUUAUACUAAAACUCUUUGUAAUUCCUAUGCAACAAAAAGUAUUGUGAUUGGGGCAGCAUUUACAGAUUUCUGAGACACCAUGAAUAAGUGUAAGUUACCUUUUUGAUAAAUGUUCCAUGAUUGAAAAUAAUUGCUUUUAAUUGAGCUUUUGCCAUUCUUUUAUGUCCAUCGUCCAGUAUAAACCAGUGAAACCACUGGACCAAUUUCAAACAAACAUGGGCUGAAUGAUUCUUAGGUUAUAUAGUAUAAUGUUUGUGUUAUUUACUCUUGUCCCUCAAGAAACAUUACUGCAAUGACUAUAAAAUAGAACGCAAGUGUAAAGUGCAGUUUUUGGCGUAUCUCUCAAAAACUAGAACAGAUAAAGCAAAGCUGUGUUGGGUAAAAUGAUAAGAAUAUUGGGAUUUAUCUGCCAUGAAAUUUUCAGACCAAUCCGACAACUCUUUUUGGAGUUAUUGCCCCUGAAUUAAUAAGUUUUAUGAAACUAUUCUGUGUUUGGUUAUUAUCUUGAAAACUAUUAGGCAAAAUUGUUCAGCAAGUUAAGAUGUACAAAUAGGUGAAACUGAUCGAAAUUGUAAAUUGAUGCUUUGUAGGGAGUUAUUACCCUAGAAAGACAAUUUUUAUUAAAUUUUCAAGUGUUUUUUCAGAAAUGAUUUUUUUCACCAUGUGAGCCUCUUGUGGUUACGUCAUGGCUGUAGACAGAGAUGAAAAUUUGUAUUUCUGGUUUUAAUUGUAUAUUAAAAAAAUUGUUCUCAUAUCAUUUUAAAUAUUUAACUCUGAACAGACUUAUAUUAUCUUCUGUUUGCCACUCUGUAUUCUUACUUUACCAAUGUUUUAUAGAUGUACAUAUUAUGUUUUAAUUAUUGUAAAAAGAUGUAUCUUUUAAAAGUAUUUCUUUGACCUUGUUAUUUUAGACCUGUUAGAGUUGGUUAUAUUUCAUUUACCAGAACUAUUUAAACAUUCAUGCUUCCCACAGAUUCAUUACAGGUAAAGAUGGGUCAACUUGUAAAAAAAAAUAGUCUCAUAUUGGGAUUGUUGAAGGGCCAAAAGAUUGAAUUCUAAACAAAUCCAUGAAUCUAUUUGAUAUCAUGAUUCAUAUAUAUAUUCUUAUACUUAUGACAUAAUAUGAAAAGAAUAAAAAGAAUUUCCAAAAACAGAGGCGGAUUAAGGGGGCCCCUUAUGCAGCUUCAUAUAUGAUAAAUGCAUAGACUUAAUAAUGAUGAAUAUCAAACCCCCCCUUUUCCCCUUUUUUAAAAUCCUGGAACAGACCACACAAACCCCUGGCUCCUUGAAGAAAACAUGUACAAACAAAACAUACAAGAUAGUCUGACUUGGUUUUGGUACAUGCACAAAAUGUUGGGUUAAACUAGUUUUUGUGUAUGUACAAAUGGACCUGCUUUCUACAGGACACUUGCCAAGGUAGUCACAGGUGCUGACUGAAUACUGACACCAGGCAGAAAAAAAGAACAUUUUAUAUGUUGGAAUGAUUUUAAUGAAGAGGAAUUGACAUGUUUUUAUUAGUUUAGAUGAUUUUGUUUCAAACCAAAAUCACACCUUUAUACAACAAAAGGCUCUAGUUUAUAUGACCAGCAUUUUCAAUCGCUCAGUUGUGGCCCAUUUUAAUAAAGAAUGGAUAUUUGAUCAACAUUUGAAUGCAAAUAAUUUUCUUGUCAUGUCAUCUGUGGGUAUCAUGUCUGUUGAAAUAAAACAUGCCUGAAGAAUUAUCAAAUUGAUUAUUGUAUCAAAUUUCCUUGUUUCUAUGGAAUGUCCUUUGCUCACAAACAGAACAGAAGUUUGAAUUCAAGUUCUUAUGUUAUUCAAAUAAUGGUAGUAUUCAUGUAUUGUUCUUUGACUAUAUAGAAACUCAUUUUCAUAAUGAAAAAAAAGAUAUUUUAAGACAUAUAUAUUAAACUUGUAUAACGAAUUAUUUUCAAUAAAUUGAAUUGAAAAUAAAGAAA